GCCGUGGAGCUACAGAAGGCCGUGGAGUUACAGAAGGUGCUGCUGGCGCGCAACAGCCUGACCCACAUCUCAGAGGAGAUCGGCCGCCUGCCCUGCCUCACGUGGCUUGACGUCAGCUACAAUGCCCUGCCCCGCCUGCCUGCUGCUGUCGGCAAGCUAGUGGAGCUCAAGAGUCUGCUGGCGAGCCACAACAAGCUGGAGUGCCUGCCAGAGGAGAUCGGCGGUGCAGCGAACCUGGUCAAGCUGGACGUCUCCCAUAACGUGCUGGAAGGGCUGCCUGCUGCUCUUGCCGCCUGCACACUCCUCGCCCACCUCGAGGUCCACCACCCUCGCUCCUACCUCGUCCCCAUCCCCUCGUUUCCACUGCCUCCUUUGCCUCCUGCAUGCUCCAACCGCAUUGCUUCCCUGCCAGCCUCCUUGGGUUCAUGCACUGCUCUCUCUCAUCUCAAUCUCGAGAACAACCAGCUGCAGAGCAUCCCCUCGCCUCUGCUCUCCUCACUCCGCAACCUCAGGCAUCUCGACCUUGGGCGCAACAAGCUGCAGUCUCUCCCGGACGACAUAGGAGCCCUCUCGUCACUCCUACACCUCAACGCCUUUCAGAACUCGUUGAAUGUUUACCUUCCCUUUCCCCCUGUUCCUCCCCCAAUCCCCUCCCCCUUUCCCCUCCUACUUUCCCGUCCUCCGUUCCCCCCUUCUGCCUCGCCUUCUCAUUCCUCUCACCUCUUGAUGUCCCGACCCCCUUCCUCUAACCCUUCCUCUCGCCUUCUAUGCUUCAGCCGCAACAAGCUCAAGCAGCUGCCAGUGGAAAUCGGCCACCUGCCUUCACUUGUUACUCUCUCCGUGCCCUCCAAUAAAGCUCCGAAUGUCUCCGACAAUGACCUCCCCACCCUGACCGCGACCUUUUGCUCACUGCUUUCUCCUCGUCCUCCUUCCCUCCACCAUCCCAUUCCCCCCCUGUACCCUCCCCGCACACACCCCUGCUGCCAGCUGAAGGACCUCCCCCCAUUGCUGCGCGGCCUGAGCAUUCAGGCUAUUGAUGUCUCCCACAAUGACCUCCCCACCCUCCCACCCUGUCCGCUUCCUCACUGCUUUCUCUUCCCUCCCCUCCUUCCCUCCUCCCUUCCCCUCCUCCCCCCCACUCUCCCCUGCUGCCAGCUGGUGGAUCUUCCCCCAUCGCUGCGCCGCCUGAGCAUUCAGGCUAUUGAUCUGGAGGACCUGCCCCCGUCACUGCGCCGCCUGAGCAUCCAGGCUAUUGAUGUCUCCGACAAUGACCUUCCCACCCUGCCCGCCUGGCUUGGUAGCAUGACAUCGCUGCAGAGGGUCGCAGCAGCAGGCAAUCCCAUCAGAACCAUCCGAAGCACGCUCAUCAACGGACCGGCCAAGAACCUCCUGGACUAUCUGCGCUCUCGCCUCCCUGCUGCUUCUGCUGAUGACCAUGAUUCAGAUUCUGCCAGCGCUUCUGCACCUGCUGCACUGCGUGAGCUGACUCUGGAAUCACCACCUGCUGCUGCUUCUGCUGCUGCUGCGCCUGCCGCUGCUGCUGCUGCUGCACCGGCUGCUUCUGUGACUGCUGCUGAAGCAGGCAUGGUGCCACAGACCUUGCAAUCAAGGCAGAGCGAGGAGAUCAUGAGUGGAUCAGGAGACACGGUGGACAGAGCAGGAGAGGUGGAAAGAGGGGUGGACAGAGCAGGAGAGGUGGAAAGAGGGGUGGAGGGGGAGGGGGAUGCGGUGGCGGCUGCAGAAGCAGCAAUGGCAGAGCCAUGGCUGAGGGAGUGCUUUGAGGGAGGGGCCCUCCAGUUGUCAAAGAAGGGCUUAUCAGAGCUGCCACGUGGCAUCGCGGCAUUGGCUGCGGGUGACAUCCCUCUGACGUCCAUCAUCGCCUCUCACAACUCCCUCACCUCGCUGCCCUUCUUCCUCUCAGCUUGUACCUCCCUCACUGAGCUAGACCUGUCAACCAAUAAGAUUGCAGCCUGGCCUUCUCUUGCCCUGCGCUCGCUCCCAUCGCUCCGCACCCUCUCCCUCGCCAACAACCCCGUGGGGCAGGUGAGGCUGGGGCAGGUGGGGCUGGGGCAGGUGAGGCUGGGGCGGGUGAGGCUGGGGCAACCUCCCCUGUCCCUUUUCAUCGCUCUCCACCCCUCCAGGCUGCCCCUGACAGCACCACAGGACAUCGCCUCACUGUACCACCUGAAUCUCUCCUGCUGCUGCUCGCCUUCCUCCUCUUUGUUCCCUUCAUCCAUCUCUCUCCUCCUCUCCCUUCCCUCCCUCCCCUCCUCUCCAGCUGCCCCUGACAACGCCACAGGACAAUUCCUCUUUACGAUACCGGAACCUCUCGCUGCUGCUGCUCGCCCUCCUCGCCCUUGUCCCUUCAUCCAUCUCUCUCCUCCCUUCUCCUCUCCCAUCCCUCCCUUCCCUCCCUUCCCGCCCUCCCAUCCUUUCCAGCUGCCCCUGACAGCGCCACAGGACAUCUCCACGUUGCAGUGCCUGAAUCUUUCCGGCUGCUGCUCUCCCUCCUCCGCGCCACUGCUACCACCCUCCUUCUCCCUGGCCGCCCUUCCACGCCUCACAGAGCUGCACCUCAGUCGACUCAAAGGUCAUCUCCUCCACGCGCCACUGCUCGUGCCCUCCUUCUCCCUGGCCGCCCUUCCGCGCCUCACAGAGCUGCACCUGCACCUCAGGUAG